AUGGCAACCAAAAGGAUGGCUUUCUUUCAAGUUCUUGCAAGCUUUAUUUUUCUUGCUGUUUUUCCUCAGAAUUCAUGUGAUGCAAGUGAUGAUGCACCCAAACUCAAGCAAUGCAGGUUCAAUGCAAUAUAUAGUUUUGGGGAUUCAACGUCAGACACAGGCAACCAAAUUAUAGAGAUUCCUCAGGUUUGGCAUACCAAACUUCCCUAUGGCCAAACUAUCCAUAAAGCAACCGGCAGAGGCUCUGAUGGGCUGCUGAUGAUUGAUUAUAUUGAUUGUCAAGAGAAACUUGCAUCAUCUCUAUUCAUAGCUUUUGCUGGAAGCAAUGACUAUAGCAGUGCACUCUCCCAAAACAAAACUAUUGAUGAGGUAAAGAAUGUCCUAGUGCCCCAAAGUGUUGAAGUCUUAAAACAUGCUGUUAAGAAAUUCAUCCAACUUGGUGCUCGUAGAGUCCUUGUCAAUGGACUUUCCCCGUCUGGUUGUACACCAGGUUUUCUUACAAGAUUCUCUUCAAACAAUUCUGCUAAUUCUUAUGAUGGCUUUGGUUGUCUAAAGAACUACAAUGACUUGAACAUUUAUCACAACGAUCGUCUCAAAGAAGGCAUUGAAGAAUUAAAAAAGGAACACCCUCAUGUAGAUAUAGUGUAUGGUGAUCUUUACGGUGCAAUGCAAUGGCUUUUGGACAACUCUCAACAACUUGGGUUUAAGUCACUAACAAAAGCUUGCUGUGGGGCUCCAAGUAAGUACAAUGUCAUUGAAGACUUUUAUCAAAUGUGUGGAGCUCCAAAAGUACCAGUCUGCCAAAAACCUAAGCACAAUUCAGGCAAUGUAUGCGGUGGACUCUCUAACGAGGGGCUUGUUGGGAGCAUUAUUUAUGUUGUUAGUUCCUCGGACCUUGGAAAUAGAGUUGUCUAA